AUGUGCCAAGGCGGUGACUUCAUCAACCACCAAGGUACCGGAGGAAAGUCCAUCCAUGACAAUAAAUACGCGGACGAAAACUCUACCCCGAAACACACCGGACCCGGAGUCAUGUCCAUGCGCAAUACACCAAUGGAUCUCAAUCAUUUCUUCAUCACCAUCAUCAAAACCUCUUGGUUGGACAACAAACACAUUGUCUUUGGUGCCGUCGUAGAGGGCACGGACAUAGUCAGGAAAAUUGAGGCUCUGGGAUCCCAGUCCGAGAAGACUUCAAAGAAAAUCGUCGUCGCCGAUUGCAGGCAAAUGUAA